AUGAAGGAGAUUGUAUUCCUGAAGAAUAAGACUAUACCUGAAGAUAAGUACCAGGAACAGUUUGAAUCAAAAGGUUUUAACACUCACUUUGUUCCCCUAAUUCAGCAUACCCACUUGCCAAAUCAAGCCCUAGAAUUGUUCAAGAAUAAGGAAUACUUAUCGGAUUUGAAACAUAUCAUUGUCACAUCUCAGAGAACUGUGGAGUGCCUAUAUGAAGAAGUGAUUCCAUCUUUAUCAAGUGAUGAAAAGUCCAAAUUAUUUAAUAAAACAGUUUAUGUGGUGGGUCCGGCAACUCAAGAAUUUAUGACCAGAUGUGGAUUCAAAUACGUUAGGGGUGGCUCAGAGACGGGGAAUGGCAACUUGUUAGCAGAUUUUAUUAUCAAGGAGCUCUUAGUUGAUAAAACACCAACGAACUGGAACCCAUUGCUGUUUCUCGUGGGAGAGAUCAGAAAGGAUACCAUUACAAAGAAAUUGACGUCUGCAGGUUUGAAUGUCCAAGAGGUAGUUACAUACAAAACACAACCUUUGGAAGACAACUAUGAAAGGUUUAAGCAGGUUAUAACUGAUAGUUCUUGGGUAGUAAUAUUUAGUUCCCAAGGCACCAAAGAAAUUGUUCAAUAUGUGAAGGAUAGGAGGAUUAAAAUUGCAUCCAUUGGUCCAUCCACUGCAAAAUAUCUGUUAGAUAGCGGGUUGGAACCAGAGGUGGUUAGUAAAAACCCUGAUCCUGUAUCGUUGUAUGAAUCUAUAAUGCCGAAUCUUCAUAAAAGCUGA